CGGAGCAGCAGCGGGUGUGGUUCGGACUAGGACGGGUGGUUCACCUAACAGUCCUUCUACUAUUUUCAGCUACGAGAAAGGAUUUUUUUUGCCUGAUAAAAACCACGGAGGACUCGCUCGACUGUGACAUAUCUGCUGUGCGGGCUGAGGGCAGGCAAGAACAAUGGCUACCCAGUCUGAUUUGAUGGAGCUGGACAUGGCUAUGGGUGACAGCAAGGCUGCUGUGAAUCAAUGGCAGCAGCAGUCGUAUCUGGAUUCAGGAAUCCAGUCAGGCGUCACCACCACAGCGCCAUCUUUGAGUGGCAAGGGGAACCCUGAUGCUGAGGAGGAGGACCCAUCUCUGUAUGACUGGGAGUUCAGUCAGCCUUUCACUCCUGAGGCUACAGACAUUGAGGGUUAUGCCAUGACUCGGGCCCAGCGUGUGCGUGCUGCUAUGUUCCCUGAAACUUUGGAAGAGGGCAUACAAAUCCCACCCACACAGCUGGAUGCUGCCAAUCCAACAGCAGUACAACGUCUGGCAGAGCCUUCUCAGAUGCUGAAGCAUGCUGUGGUCAACCUUAUUAACUAUCAAGAUGAUGCUGAGCUGGCCACUAGAGCCAUACCUGAACUCACCAAGCUGCUUAAUGAUGAAGACCAGGUUGUUGUGAACAAAGCUGCGGUGAUGGUGCAUCAGUUGUCAAAGAAAGAAGCGUCACGUCAUGCCCUCAUGCGUUCGCCUCAAAUGGUUUCAGCAGUUGUUCGCGCCAUGCAGAACACUGGUGAUGUGGAGACUGCUCGUUGCUCUGCUGGCACCUUGCACAACCUUUCCCACCAUCGUGAGGGGCUCCUUGCAAUCUUUAAAUCUGGAGGCAUCCCAGCCUUGGUCAAGAUGCUGGGCUCACCUGUGGACAGUGUUUUGUUCUAUGCCAUCACUACACUGCACAACUUGUUGUUGCACCAGGAAGGGGCCAAAAUGGCAGUGCGCCUAGCUGGAGGGCUGCAGAAGAUGGUAGCCCUUUUGUCUAACACCAAUGUCAAGUUCCUGGCCAUCACUACUGACUGUCUCCAAAUCCUGGCAUAUGGCAACCAAGAAAGCAAACUGAUCAUUCUGGCCAGUGGUGGCCCCCAAGCCUUGGUGAACAUCAUGAGGACCUUCACAUAUGAGAAAUUGCUGUGGACCACAAGCAGGGUGCUCAAAGUGCUCUCUGUUUGCUCAAGCAACAAGCCAGCCAUUGUAGAAGCUGGUGGUAUGCAGGCUUUGGGUCUUCAUCUGACCGACCCGAGCCAGCGUCUGGUCCAGAACUGCCUCUGGACUUUAAGGAAUCUUUCAGAUGCUGCCACUAAACAGGAGGGGAUGGAGGGUCUCCUGGGCACCCUGGUCCAGCUGCUGGCCAGUGAUGAUAUUAACGUGGUUACAUGUGCUGCUGGCAUCCUCUCUAACCUUACCUGCAACAAUUACAGUAACAAACUUAUGGUCUGCCAGGUUGGUGGUAUCGAAGCUUUGGUGCGAACUGUACUUCGGGCUGGAGACAGAGAGGACAUCACAGAGCCAGCUGUUUGUGCCCUGCGUCACCUGACCUCACGCCACCAGGAUGCUGAGAUGGCCCAGAAUGCUGUGCGCCUGCACUAUGGCCUGCCUGUGGUUGUCAAACUGCUGCACCCUCCGUCCCACUGGCCACUAAUCAAGGCAACAGUUGGUCUAAUUCGCAACCUGGCCCUCUGCCCGGCCAAUCACAGUGCUUUACGGGAACAGGGUGCCAUCCCUCGCCUGGUCCAGCUGCUCGUCCGAGCUCAUCAAGACACCCAGAGGCGUACGAGCAUGGGAGGCAACCAGCAGCAGUUUGUGGAGGGUGUGCGUAUGGAGGAAAUAGUUGAAGGGUGCACAGGAGCUCUGCACAUCCUGGCCCGGGAUGUCCACAACCGAAUUGUCAUCAGAGGACUUAAUACCAUUCCACUCUUUGUCCAGCUGCUGUAUUCUCCGGUGGAGAACAUCCAGCGUGUUGCAGCAGGUGUUCUGUGUGAACUGGCCCAGGACAAAGAAGCUGCUGAGGCUAUUGAAGCUGAGGGAGCCACCGCACCACUCACCGAGCUACUGCACUCUCGUAACGAGGGCGUUGCAACCUAUGCUGCAGCUGUCCUGUUCCGCAUGUCCGAGGACAAACCCCAGGACUACAAGAAACGCCUCUCUGUGGAACUGACCAGCUCAUUGUUCAGGACUGAGCCGAUGGCCUGGAACGACACUGGAGACCUAGGAUUGGAUUUGGGAGCACAGGGAGAUCCACUGGCCUACAGACAAGAUGAUUCAGCAUAUCGGGCUUACCCAUCAGCUUACAGGCAGGACACCCUGUUGGACCCCAUGAUGGAAGCUGCUGACUACCACACUGACACGCUGCCUGACCUGGGUCACCACACUGAUCCAUUGCCAGACCUUGGCCACAGCCAGGAACUGAUGGACAGCAACCAGCUGGCCUGGUUUGACACCGACCUGUAGAUUGCUGUUUUCCAGUAGAACCUGCAUUGUGGCUGUCCUGUCUUGUCUGAAACAGCGUUACGAUUGCCCUGUAAAACGUUGAAGGUAAAAAGAGAAAUUGAGGGGUCUUGGUAGGUGCCUGACACAAGAAAUAAAGAUGGUUUCCACAGGAUUGUUUAAGCAAGUUGACACGAGGGGGUAAAAUAUUUCCAAGUAUCAAAGAUAAGAGCAGGUGAUCUAUUUGAAUGAGUGCAUAUGACGUUGAUCUUAAGUGUGAAACACAUAUGUUCAGCUUUGCCUGUAUUAUCAAUUUUUGUUAUUUUUCUUAUUCUUUUUUUUUUAUUUCUUUUUGUAUUACUCAUUAUCUGUUAUGGUACUGACCCAGCUUGCCUUCAUACUAGCCAUCUUUAUUUUCUCUUCUAAGCUAAUCAUUUGUAAUUUUCUUUUUUUUAUAUCAUAUAUUACACGUAGUGUUAAGUUAUAGUGAUCUUAUACUAUGUUUCUUUGGUUAUGGUCGAAUGUGUAGAACACUAAUAAUCAGUUGAAAUGUACUCUGACUUCAAGUGUAACAUUGUGUAGUUUUUUUAUAUAAUCUCAAAAAGGAGAAUUAUGCACUCUUAAUAUGUGCUUGUUUAAGCAUAAAAUAUGUCUGUGUCAAAUGUUCUAAAGAGGGAAAUGGGUCAAAAUUGAGGGUGGAUUGGGGGAUAAAUCUAGAGACAAGUGUUUUAUAUACAGUAUCACUGGUAGGGUAACUAUUUUGUAUGCUAUCAUUGGAUGUCUGAUAGAAAAAAAUCUAAAUGCUAUCGUUGGUGGUCUGAUAAACCCAGUUUUAUGUGCUAUCAAAGGUAGCUAGGUUGACAAACAGUUGUAGUCCUGCUGUGUUUGUUUUGGAGACGAGGUUCUGACACGGCUGAACAAUAAAAAGGCAUUUUAUUUCAUUCA